AUGUUUCUACAUCGAAAAGGCCUACCGCCUAGUUCAUUCUUCCCUGAACAGCCAUCGGCAGCAAAAAGCUCGAAACCUAAAGAAGAGUGGACUGAUUAUAGCGUGAUUCUCGGUCAAGAUCAUCAGAGGAUGGUUCGGCCAUACACCGGUGCAGCAACAAUUGGUUUAGGAUCUCUCAAGACCUCGGAGCAAUCCGGUGUGCUCUCCAGAGCUGAG